AUGGCAGUCACCGAGACUAUCCCCGUUAUUGACAUAUCCCCUUACCUCGUCGACAACUCAUCCGAGGCCGCUCGCGAUGUCAUCAAAGCUGUAUACGAUGCGGUCUCGACCUGGGGCUUCUUUCUGUUGAAAGGCACCCCAGUCACGGAUGCGCAGCAGACAGCCCUGUUGAAGUCGGCGAAGUCCUUCUUCGAUCUGCCACUGGAGGAGAAGAUGGCGUUGGACGUCGCAACCGGCGGCGUACGAUGGCGCGGGUACAUGCCCAUGGGAGGAGAGUUCACCCAUGGCGGGCAGGACUGGAAGGAGGGUCUUUACGUGGGACCGGAGCACCCGGCAGAUCAUCCGCUUACGGGAAUGCCGCUGCACGGAGGGAAUCGGUUUCCUGAUGCGGCGCUCCCCAGCAUGCGGAAGGACGUCAUGGAAUACGUCGACGAGGUGACUGAGCUGGGCAAGACGUUGACGGAUGUUCUGUCCUGCGGUCUGGGACUUGAGAAGGGCAUGCUUCGGGAGAAGUUGAUUAGUCCGGAGCCGAUUGUGCUCUUCCGGUGCUUCAAGUAUGCCCCGGAGUCUGAGCUGAUUGAGGGCCAGCCGCGGGGCUUUGGUAUUGGUGAUCACACCGAUUUUGGGUACUUGACGAUUUUGAAGGCUGAUUCCCCUGGACUUCAAAUUCUGUCGCCGUCGGACACAUGGGUUAACGUGCCAGUCCUGGAAGACGGAUUCGUUGUCAAUGUGGGUGACAUGCUGGAUCGAAUGACGGAUGGCCGCCUUCUUUCCCGGCCGCAUAGGGUGCAACGACCUAGUCCAGACUCGCCGCCUAGAUUUUCAUUCCCGCUCUUCUUCGACUUCGCAUGGGACUGUCGGAUGGAGCGUCUUCCACUUGGCCAUCUUCCUCCCAUGACGGCAGAUCAAAAGGCACAGGCGAGCCAGCGUUGGAAGGAGACUACGUUCCGCGAGGUGAAGGGGACUUGGUCGCAGUAUCUCGCGCGAAAGGUCCAGAAGGUGUUUCCGGAUCUGGAGUUGCCUGAUUUUGAGCCGAAUGCGGCGCCUUCCACGAGAUUUAGGCGGGUUGUAAGUGCUGUUUGA